CUCCGUAGCGCAGUGACAACACGACAGCACUUUGGCCGGACUGAGCCCGUGGCUAAAGCUAACGCGAGUCUAACGGGGAAAUCCGCGCUGUUUUUUGGAUGUGACUCGUGUAAUUGUGAUCAACACUUACCGAUUCGUAAACGUUCGUCUGCAGAGGAAGAUGAGGCUGAAGGAGAUUCAGAGGACGGCUCACCAGGCCUGGAGUCCUGCAGGACACCACCCCAUUCACCUGGCCCUGGGCACUUCGGCUCAGCAGCUGGACGCCUCGUUCAACACCACGGCCGCUCUGGAGAUCUUUGAGCUGGAUUUCUCUGACCCUUCACUGGACAUGGAGCUCAAAGGCUCUGUGCCCACGACCAACAGGUUGCACAGUCUGGUGUGGGUGAACUUUGGCCUCGGUGAGGACGGUUCAGGGGGCAGACUCGUGGCCGGCUCGGAGAACGGGACCGUCUCCAUUUAUAAACCCGAGGCCAUCGUCUCCUCCGCUCCCGACGCUCCCGACGCUUCCGACGCCGAGGUGGGAUCGUCCAACAAACACACCGGGCCGGUCCGAGCGCUCGACUUCAACCCUUUUCAGAAUAACCUCCUCGCGUCUGGAGCAAAUGAUUCAGAAAUCUACAUUUGGGAUUUGAACAACUUCAGCAGCCCCAUGACGCCCGGAGCCAAGACACAGCCCGCGGAGGACGUGAGCGUGAUCUCCUGGAACAGACAGGUGCAGCACAUCCUGGCCUCCGCCAGUCCCAGCGGGAAGGCCGUGGUCUGGGACCUGAGGAAGAACGAGCCCAUUAUAAAGAUCAGCGACCACAGCAACAGGAUGCACUGCUCAGGGAUGCUGUGGCACCCGGACGUGGCCACUCAGCUCGUGUUGGCCUCAGAGGACGACAGGCUCCCCGUGAUUCAGAUGUGGGACCUGAGAUUUGCAACCUCCCCUUUAAAAGUGCUGGAGAACCACACCAGGGGUAUUCUGUCCAUAUCCUGGAGCCAGGCCGAUCCAGAGCUCCUCCUCAGCAGCGCCAAAGACAAUCGUAUCCUCUGCUGGAACCCCAACACUGGAGAGGUGAUCUAUGAGCUUCCGACCAUAAACCAGUGGUGCUUUGACGUCCAGUGGUGCCCGAGGAACCCGUCUCUUCUGUCCACGGCCUCGUUCGACGGGAUGAUCUCCGUUUACUCAGUGAUGGGCGGCAGCCUGACCCCCCAACGGCACAGCACCGUCCACAAGAUCUCCUCGUCCUUUGACUCCAUGGAUCCGUUCGGCACAGGUCAGAUGCUGCCCCCGCUCCAGGUGCCUCAGCCUCAGACUCAGACCACCAUCGUCCCGCCGCUCAAGAAACCUCCGAAGUGGAUCCGGCGACCCGUGGGGGCCUCGUUCGGGUUUGGGGGGAAGUUGGUGACGUUCGAGUGCCCAAAGCUGCCGCCGGGUCAGAGUCCUCAGUCUGUGCCCAGGCAGGUGCACCUCAGCCAGGUCACCACCGAGACGGAGUUCCUGCAGAGAUCCAGAGAGCUCCAGACGGCUCUGCAGACCGGAGCGUUCAACAGCUACUGCCAGAGCAAGAUCCAAGAGGCCAAGAGCGAUGCCGAGCAGGACAUCUGGAAGUUUCUCCUGGUUAAUUUUGAAGAUGAAGCUCGUAUCAAGUUCCUCAGACUUUUGGGAUUCAGCAAAGACGAUCUGGAGUUAAAGAUUUCCAAGUGUCUGGGGCGAAACUACCAGGCGAACGGACACGGCGUCGACGCCAAAGACCUAGCGGAGAAAAUGCUGCAGCUCUCCUCUGAGAGAUCGGAGGAUGCCGAUGCUGCGGCUACAACCUCAGGCUCAGUGUCACCCGCAGAUUUCUUCAGCCAAACUCCAAAACAGACGACCAACUUUCAGAUCCCGGUUUCAUGCGACACAGACGGUUUGAUCAGUCAGGCGCUGCUGGUGGGAAACUUCGAGGGAGCGGUGGAUUUGUGUUUGAACGACGGCAGAUACGCGGAGGCCAUUUUGUUGGCGAUCAGCGGAGGAGAGGAGCUGCUGAAGAAGACGCAGCAGAAGUAUCUGAGCAAACAGAAGAACAGCGUGUCUAUGCUCAUCUCGUCAGUGGUGACCCAAAAUUGGAGGGACAUCGUGGAGAGCUGCGAGCUGGACAACUGGAAAGAGGCUCUGGCCGCUCUGCUGACCUACGCACAUCCGGAAGACUUCGCCCACCUCUGCGACACACUGGGCGCUCGUCUGGAGGCGGAGCAGACGGAGAAGCGCUGUCUUCAGGCCUGUCUCUGUUACAUUUGCUCUGGAAACAUCGAGAAGCUGGUGGAGUGUUGGGCGCAGCACCGAGACUGCUCCUCCCCCCUGGGCCUGGAGGAUCUCGUGGAGAAGGUCAUGAUGCUGCGAAAGUCCAUCGAGCGUCUCAGAAACGGCGAAGUCUCGGUCCAGAGCCCGAUCCUGGCCGACAAACUCACGCGCUACGCCGGCAUCCUGGCAGCAGAGGGCAGUCUCUCCAUCGCCGCGGCCUACCUGCCGGAGAACUCCGAGGAGAUCAGUAUCAAGAUGCUCAAAGAUCGUCUGUUCCACGCUCAGGGAGAGGGAACGCCCAACUACUCCUCCAGACCCAACCAGCCCGCAGCCAAACCCGCCCCGGCCCCCGCCCCUCAGCCCUCUGCGCCCAAAGCACACACCAUGGGUCAGUACCAGCCGCAGCCCCCUCAGCCGCCUCAAAUGCCCCAGAUGCCCCAGAUGCCCUCCCUCUUCACGCCUCAGUCUCCUACUUCCAACACCGGCCCAGGUCUGCCCCCUGGUGGCCUCGGGAUGAACCCCUCUGCGCCUAGACAGAUGAGGCCGUCCUACCCCCAGCACCCCCCUGCACCAGGUUUCAUUCCUCAGCCGCCAUUCCAGCCUCAGCCCGUGGGAGCGCCGUCCUCCUUCCCCCCUCCUCCAGGACCUAACAUGCCCCCCUCCUCUAUGUCAAUGCCCCCCUCCUCUAUGUCAAUGCCCCCCUCCUCUAUGUCAAUGCCCCCCUCCUCUAUGUCAAUGCCCCCCUCGUCCCUCUCCGGCCGCCCCUCCUCUCUGUCGGGACCCCCCUCCUCGAUGUCGAUGCCCCCUUCUUCCAUGUCUGGGCCCCCUUCGUCUCUCUCGGGACCCCUCCAACCUCCAGGCGUCCCUCCCACCGCCUUCAUGCCCUCCACCUCUCUGCCCUCCGGUCCUGUAGCGCCCCCCAGCUCUCAGCCCGGAGCGCCCGUGCCCAUGUACCCCGGCGCCAUCCAUACUCAGCAGGGACCGGCCCCCGCGAUGCCCGGGGCCCCCUUCACCCCCAUGGGAGCGGGGUACCCACAGGGGGGACCCGGAGCUCCUGCGGCGACCAUGCCCCCUCCCCCCACAGGCGUGUUCCCGUGGCUGAACUCGUCGACAGGGCCACAGGAAGGAUGGAACGACCCUCCAGCCGUGAGAGGAGGGCCCAGGAAGAAGAAGGUCCCAGAUAACUACACCCCUCCUGCCCCGAUCACUGCUCCUGUGAUGGGCUACGAGGCCCCUCAGCCCCAGGACCUCCACACACAGGUGCCUCCAGGGGCCCCCCAGGAGCCCACUGUACAGCUCCUGCAGCAGUUACCCGCCGAGCGCGUGGAGCAGAAGGAGAUCCCCUCUGAACAUUUGGUCCUGAAGUCCACGUUCGACAGUUUGGUCCAGAGGUGUCAGCUCGCGGCGGGAGACCCGCAAACCAAGAGGAAACUGGACGACGCGGCGAAGAGGCUGGGCUCGCUCUACGACAAGCUCAGAGAUCAGUCGCUGUCUCCUCACAUCUUAAACGGGCUUCAUGAGAUCAGUCGCUGUGUGGCGGCGCAGAGUUACCAGCGCGGUCUGGAGGUCCACACUCAGAUCGUCAGCAGCAGCAACUUCAGCGAGAUCUCCGGGUUCAUGCCCAUCCUCAAAGUCCUGAUGACCAUCGCCACGCGCCUCGGGGUGUAGCGGCGGGGGACGGACGCCGGGGGGCAGGCGACCACAGGGGGGCGCUCUGCCUCCAGGCCACAGUGUUAAAGUCACAUGUUGUAUAUUUAUUUCCUGUUUGUUUGUUUUUCGGCGCGGCGACACUCCGCUAAAAACACGGCAGCAAAACGGAUAGAAAUAAUAGGAGCUCAAAUGACUUAAAGGUUCAUUACGGAACUUUUCUGCCGCCCUGGAGAUUGAGAUUUGCUCGGAAUGUCCCGCAGUCCGGCAUUUACCCGUCUCGCUUCAUUGUUAUCAUUUCAAAAUCCCGCGUGUCGAUUUGGCGUACGGUUUAAAUCAGAUGCCCUACCUCCUUUUUUUUUUUUUUUUUUUUUUUAAUGUAACUUCGUCGAUGGAGCGUUGCCGCCAUGGAGACGUGACCGCUCUGCUGGGAAUGUUCCGCAGUACGGCAUUAACGCCCGACCGCCUCUCCACAGAGCUGACCCGUAACCUCGCCCGGCGUCGCCCCCCACGCGUUUGAGUUUAACGCCGUACUGCGGGACGUCGCGAGUGAAGCGGUGACAUCUCCGCGGAAACGAGCAGAAAGGUUACGUAGUGUGUCUUUAACUUGUUUAGAUUUUUAUUUUCUUUUUGUAUUUUGUACGUUUGCGUUUGCAGAACUUUGAAAAACAAAAAAAAUAAAUGUGGGAAGUAAUAAUAGAAUAAAUAUUAUGGAUCGAGACUGUGGUGAGUUUAAGAUGAAGUGAAUGUAUUUUGAUUGUUUUUGUUUCAUUUUAAGUACAGCCCUGGUUUGGAAUAAGCACAUUUAUACAACUCGGGGCAGAGGGCGGAGCAGAGGGCGGAGUCAAUAUUAAAGUGGCACAACAGUUUAUCCGUGUCAUUUUAAAGCGUCCUCUGAUCUGCUCUAAUGUUGCUCACACACAGACCUAGAGUUGUGUUUUGUUUCAUUCUCACACGUUUAACACACAAACCCUUCUUCUCUCAGACUGAAAACGCUCUGUUCCACCUUGUGAUGUCAUCGUGUGGUGAUACAGGAAGUGCUCCACUGUGUUUUU